AGCUUUACGCUCAAACGUUCAGAGUCUCGCACCAGCCCAGAUGGCUCCGACUCUCGCAGCUGCGGUUUUUGCGGUUUGGCUUCCAUAUGCGGUUGCCGCCAGUGAAACCUGUCCAACCUGCAGUGAUGACAACGAGUUGCUGCAGUUGACACGAGAAGCGGACGCCCAUUUAGACAAGGACUCAGAGAGUGAUCCUGACUCUGUGCGCUUCCGCAUCUUUCCAGUGAAUUUGAUCCGGUCGUCGUUUUUCAAGAUUCGAGCAAAAAAGAAUGUGCUAACUAUGGGUGGUGGAGGCACCCGUGCCAUGUGUGGGACAACUGGACAAUUAAGAGCCAUGCACUCGAUGGAUUUGCUGAAGGAGGUGGAUCAAGUGGUUGCUAUGUCGGGCAGCACGUGGUCGACGGCGAUCUUUGCAUUUGCCAAGGGCUUUUCAGUCAAGGACCUUCUUGGAAAAGACACUGCAAAUUCUUUGAACAGACUUACUCUGAAGAAGCUGAAGACUCCAAAUGGAAAGAUCUUGGAGCGAGCUGCCUCUGAUUUGACACCGUUUGUAGCCGUUGCUGCCCAACCCAUUUUCGCCGUGCCUCCUCAUAAGUUGUUUGAAGUUGCACUUGGUGGGAACUUCCUAUGUCCUUUCGGCCUGAACGGUGAGCUUCCAAAUGGGCUCUGCAGCAACAGCAACAAAAAUCAAGUGUGGACAACAAGUGAUAAGCGAUUGGACUCGAUCAAGCAGCGAAACCCUCAUUUGGACCUGUCAGAUGCCUUGGUGAUGAAUAAGAACCUGAAGAGCCUUGUUGUGCAGUCUACCCUGCUCGCUCCAGUGGGCUACAAUCCGAAUGGUAGCAGGAUGGUAUCGACACGGUUCAGUGCAGAUUUUUCUGGCAGUCCUUACUAUGCCGACCAACAGAAUGUUGAUUUUGAGCCGUGGAAUACAUCUUUAUCACCGUUGAAGGAUGUCGUGGUGGGAGGUGGCGUCGUUGAGUCAUUCGCAUUCAUGUCUACGCUUCCACCGGAAAGUCCCCGACGACCUCGCCGCCCCGCUCGCCGGGGUUUAGCUGAGGCAGAGUUGGAAGACGAAGGAAUUUUGUCGCUGCAACAAGCGGUUGGCAUAAGCAGUUCAAUUCUGGCUAUGGUCGGGGUGUCAUCGCCCCAGUUUGUCAUUGAUAGCUUUAUCAAACCUUUGGCGUCCAUCAACAACUACACGGAGGAGUUUUUGCAGGACCCAUACCUCUUCGCCCCAAGGCGAAAGUAUUGGCCAGUGGCCCGUUUAGCCAAAGGAAUUGAUGGAGACAUCGGGGAGAAAACUUAUUAUGUCGGGGAUGGUUUUAGCAUUGACAGUGCCGGCUUGUUGGAAGCAAUCCGCGGAGGGGCUGAAUGCGCCGUGGUUUUGGUGAACAACGGUUGGCCCAUCGAGGACAAAGGCACCGUGGAUUUCUGCAACGUACCAGAACCCAUUUUGGCCAAUCCGCUGCUCCUUUUGGGCACCCCUCUUGGUCUUCAGCAGUCAAUCUAUGAUUACUUUGGGAUCGCAUUGCCAGACACCAUUUUGAGAGCUGGCCUGGACUACUCCAACAAUCAUGUCUUUGAGACCUCUGAGAUUUUCAGCCUCUUCUGUCGCGCUCAAGAGCUCAGAGAUGCUGGAGAUGCCACAGUGGUCUAUCGAAAGUACACCACGCUUGAAAACAGACAUUGGGGGAUCCAAGCUGGAAAGAAGAUCAAAGUGGUUUUUGUGUGGACGGAGAAGACCGUGAAGUGGGAACUUCAGUUGCCUGACAAGACUCAGGCGGCCAUCAACAGUGGUGCUUAUGACAGCCCUGGUACAGCAGGGUUUCCCUAUUUGGGCACCUUUUCGCCAAAACCAGACGGGUCAGAUUUUACAGCUGUACUUCCAGAGCAAGGGAACUUGUAUGCGUCCUUAACCGAAUGGUCUUUGCGGCAGAAUCAGGAAAAGCUGCAGAAGUGUAUGGGUGCUUAAGGUGAGGUGGCUUGAGAUGGCUUGAAUUGAGGCGGACAAAGAUCUGACCCCAAAGCUUUGACUGAGAAUUCUGUGCCGUGGCUUUAAGCGGCAGUGAUGGAAAAAGAGGAGGUGCUUAGGCUUGCAGAUUACCAAAGACGGGAACAAACACAAAGUAAGUGCACCUUUUAACAAUGCUGCUUUGAAGAGGGCUUCUUUUUUACUCUCACGCCGAACGAUCCAGGUCCUCGGCGACCCCUGAGCUUCCGCGUCAAGGGUCCAAUUUGACCAACUCAAGGGAGAUGAUCAUCCGAUCAGAUCAAAAGCAAUGAGCCAUGAAUUAGGGGUGUCCUUUGCCCCUCGGGACAAAAUGCUCCACACAGGCUGUCCAAAACAUUGUUUGAAAGCCAAGUCAGCGCCAACAAAGGCUCCUUUGGGGCACGACUUGCCAUUGUUCUUGUUCUUGAAUUCAAGAAGGAGCGGAGCAACGGUGAAGUUUGUGAGUUUACAGACAGGGAAGCCAUCCCUCAAAGUCUUGGCAUAGGCAUGAGGGGCGGCUACAGUUCCUUUGGGCAGAUCGAGGCAAAAGCCCCGAAAGUUACCAUCCACAGCAAGUUCAAAGACAGAACAAGCUUUGCCUUCGCCAACGCUCCAGGUAAGGAGUUGCAGUGUUGCAAAAACUUUGAAAG